AGAGAGAGAGAGAGAGACGUUCAGGCAGAUGGAUGUGAACCCCACCCAGGCCUGCUUCCUCUCUGCCUGCUCGGUCUGGUGAUAAGCAGCUGAGGAGGAAGUCAAGUAUUAUUUCAUCAGGACGUGUGAGGGAGGACGAUCGUUUCUGUUUGCUGGGGAGGAAUCGGCGAAGUGUGAUGAAGAUACUGUAGGAUGUAAAGCCACAGAUAGUCUCCAUCUGAUGAUGUCACAGCCACCUGAUGGACUAAAAUAAGUCGCCCCUGAGAGUAUCAGCAUGUGCAGGGGGAUUUGACUGUUUUUCUUGCCCAAAGUGUGUCUGUAUCUGGCUAAGUAACAUAGCCUGCCACCCAAAUUGGCUUAAUUUCGGGAGUCCCAGGUGACUGCCAGUCCUGUUUAGCGCUGGCAUAAAGCCGCAGCAGCUUUCCCCCGAGAGGUAGUCGACUUUCCUUCCAGCGCUGGAGACACUCCACUGAAAAAGAAGACCGUAACCUUGGAUGAAGGCCCUGUAUCGAGGAGGAGAGCAGGACUUUGCUUCAGACAGCAGUCUGUGAAGCCCGCAGGCUGCUUGGAUCUUCCUCAACCCGAUCUUAGCUUGCAUUCGACCGGCUGACAGCCAGCAUGGUUUGUUGGACAUGUGAAUGAUGUUAACUGGGUAUUUGUGCCCAUUUUGGAAAACCAUCUAGUUGUGAGACUUCUUGCUCAAGGGGAAGGGGCCCAGCCAUGGAGGGUCUUGAGCAGCUCGACAUGGUUGGCGAUAUCAGCCCGGCCCUCGAGGCCACCGAGGACUUCAUCCACUGCAUGGGCGGGAUACAAGGCCAAGGUCCGAGCCUAGCUCAAACGGGGACCCUCCAGCCUUCCAGGCCGCCGAAGCAGCUGCAGGAGGUUUCCAGCGCCGCACUGGGGAAGCUGAGCUCCAGCGGCGUGUGGGGCUUGCUGGCCAGAGAGCAGCCGGAGGUGGGGCCUCUAGGCCUGGCCUGGGCCGACAACUUCAGCGUGUUGGGCCUGGGGAUGGGCUUGAGGCACGGCAAGAGAAGCAGAGCUCGCUCCACCAACGACCUGGCGGCCCACACCAAGGAGUGCACCAAUAACACGGCCAACUCCUCGUCCAAGUCGGUCUUCAAGAAGGGACACAACCGGUCCAGGUCCGACGUCAACUACCGGCCGUCGGCAUACACCGACAACGGACUGCCCACGUUGGACUGCAACACUCUGAAGAACAUGAUCCUCAACCACCAGCCAGAGGCUGAUAAAAGCAGCAGUAGCAGUGUGGUGAAGCAGGGUGCGAUGGAGCAGCGCGAGGGGCCCCGGGGUCGCUGGACACCCUGCCACGUCGAGCUGACGCCCUGUGAGCUCCGGCUGUACACUCUGGACAGCAGCGCCAACCGCCAGCUGGGCACCGCCUACUCUCUGUCGCACUGCCAGAGCGUCAUCUCACCAGCACCCUGUGGUGGCCAGCCCGCCGACCAGAGAACGCUCCAGGCUCUGUUCUUCAACAGCAUGCGCCUGCAGCUGAGGGCGGCCAACCAAUGGGAGGCCGUGGAGUGGAGGCGGCUGAUGUGGGAGAAAGUGCAGGCGGCCAGACCUGCGAGGAAGGAGAACCAUCAGCGGAAGACUGGAGCGGAAAAGCAACAGGUCGUCAGUUUCCACGUGGCCAUUUCGCCGUCCUCGUCGCCCUCACUGUCGGGCCUCGACACCAGGCCCGACGGUGACAGCGACACCCCCAUGUCGUCGGAGGCGUCGCUCCCCCUCCAGCCUAACCCUGUCGUCCUGAGCAGACCCACCACCCUGCCUCUGUUCACCCAGUGCUGCCAGGACGUCCUCAAAGCUGGUCUGCUGUGCCAGCUGAUGGAUCAGAACAACUCGCGGGCCUUCACCUUCGUCCUGACCAGAUCCGCCCUCCGGGCCUUCCCCACCGAGGGCCGCGGGUCUGUGUCCCAGCCCGUCCUCCAGUUCUCCCUGGCCUCCUGCUUGGCCGUGCGGCACAAUCAAGAGCCGGAAAACGGGGAGCCGUGGACAGAUAGAGGACACUGCUUCCAGGUAGUUUUCCCCAAAGAGGUGCUCAGACUUCGGGCGGACGAUCAGCUCAAGGCCCGGGAAUGGGUGGAGGCCCUGCGGGGUGCGGUCGCAGCGCAGAGGCCGGCCAAAGAGGAAGCGGGAGAGUUGGGAGAAGGAGCGCCAGCCCUCCAGGGAGUGCUGUUGAGAUCCAAACCAUCCAGGGAGAGGAGGCAGCGGGAGGCCCAGAGAGCCAAGCGGCAGUCAGUCACAACUAGUUUCCUCAGUAUUCUCACCUGUCUGGCUGUGGAGAAGGGACUGACGGCUCAGAGCUUCAGGUGUGCAGGUUGUCAGCGUCCGGUCGGUCUCUCCAGAGGAAAGGCAAAGGUGUGCUACUACAGCGGCUGGUACUACUGCCAGAGCUGCCAUCAGGACAACUCUUUCCUCAUCCCAGCACGUCUGCUACACAACUGGGACACCAGUAAGCACAAGGUGUCUAAACAGGCCAAGGAGUUCCUGGAGUUUGUGUACGAGGAGCCUCUGCUGGACGUCCAGCAGCUCAACCCUUGUCUGUAUGAGCACUGUGAGCCUCUCAGCACGGUGCUGCAUCUCCGUCAGCAGCUCCAGUCGCUGCGGGCCUACCUGUUCAGCUGCCGAGCAACUGUUGCAGAGGACCUCAGACGAAGGAUCUUCCCCAGGGAAUACCUGCUACAGCACAUCCACCUGUACUCCAUGGCUGACCUGCAGCAGGUGAUCGAUGGGAAACUGGCUCCCUUCCUGUCUAAGGUGAUCAAGUUUGCCAGCUCCCACGUGUUCAGCUGCAGUUUGUGUCGAGAGAAAGGCUUCAUCUGUGAGCUCUGCCACAACAGACAGGUCAUCUACCCCUUCCAGGAGAACGCCACCAAGAGGUGUGAUGGCUGCGGCGCCGUGUUCCACGCAGAGUGUCGGCAGAAAGCGCAGCCGUGUCCUCGCUGUGUUCGCAGAGAGCUCCACAUGAGGCCGUCCUCCUUCUGGUCACCUGAUGACGACAGCCCCGGCUGCUUUCACCUGCCCUACCAAGACACCUGAGACACACACACAAUUGAACAACUAGGGUGCUGCCAGGCCAUGAUGCUGGACAAAGUGCCUGCUUUUCUGAAUCAUGUGUCACCACAGGACAAAUUCUGUGACAAGAGUUCAGCCUGCACCAAAACAAUAUCUCUCACCUUUUUGUUUCAGGUUUGUGUUUCUUAUGUGUGUGUGUACCUGCUAGCACACACACGCACACACACACACACACCUGAGCUCAGCCCUCUUUGUGCGACAGUGAAGAGCAGGGAGAACACCACCUGAAGAACUGCUGCACCAGGCUUUACAGACUGAACUGCUUGUAUUUUGUACUCAAACGUCACACGUCAAGGUCCGCCGUCUCCAUCCUUUUACCACAUCACUACUUUCACUUAAUCCCAAAUCACGGCUGAUAAACUAGAGACAUUCAAAGUAACAGUUGGAACAUUUCGGUGGUUUAUUUUAACCAACGUCUUUCAGCACAAGUUCAGUGACGAAACCAUUAGAAGAAUGGACAGAAGAUGAAUUAUCAAUUGAUUAAUAAUUUAUCUAACAUGGAAAACAUUCUCUGGUUCCAGCCUCUCAAAUGUGAAGAUUUGCUGUUUUCCUUUUAGUUUUUUUGUUUUUUGUUGGUCAAACAAAAGAAGCUCAUUUUGGGAACAUGUCAUCCUUUUUUGUUUUGUCUUUGUUUACAGAUUAAAUGACUGAACAUGAGUAUUUCAGUAUUAAACUGUCACACUGUAGUCUUAAUAGGUGGCUGCAAAAAGUUUCCUUCUUUACAGAGAAUAUCAGUUGUUGUCUACUUUCAUUAAUGUCCAUUGCUAUGAAGGUAAAUAUUAAAGUAUGGGUGCUAAUAUGAGCAAUGGGACAGGUUUUGCUGGAUGUAAUAAUUCCUCCUGUUCACAGUGGCAUUUAUAAAGAUCCCUGUCUAAAUGCAAGUGAAUUCAAGGCUUUUAGCAGUCUCAGUCAAGUCAAGUGGUUAUUUUCCAGUUACUGUCUGUUAAAUAUAAAUCUUUGUGUAACUGUCCCUCCGCCUCAGCUCAGCAAAGAAACACUGUGCAGGGAACCAAAAAAGGGACUUGUGUAGAAAAAGGGCUGGAAUAUAUCCGUCUACCUUGACAAAUCAAUCUAACUCGGCCUGAAGCCUCAUAUGAACUUUAAAUAAAGUCUGAAAUAUACUUUUAUACAGAACAGGGACUGUGGAGUUUUGUCCCCCAUCACUCGCAUUGAAUUUUCAAUAGUAGAUGAUCUUUUAAAGGCCGCUAUGAACAGGAGGAAUGAUUACAGCAAGCAAAAACUUCACAAUGCACAUAAGGGUAUGUGGGGAUUAUUUUAAGAUGCACUUGAAAAAAAUGUGAACCUGUCCUUUAAUCAGUUAUCAGAACAUCAAUAGAGGCUUCUCAAACCACCACUGCAGCAAAAUCCGUUAUUUCACCGUCCGUCUGUAAGUUAAGUCUGUUCCAGACUGUUACAUUUGCUAUAAUAUCGUUUAAAACACACAAAAAGGCUGUGUAAAUAUAAGAAAUAUAUUUAUUACAAAUGCAACAAUGCUUUUCCUAUUUUCAUGUAAUGCUCCAGUAGACUCACAAGUACAUUUAGAUACUCGUGAAUGUUUCUUCGUCUUGCAUCACAAUGAACUGAAGUUCUUUGGGUUUGGGACUGGUAGUUCGACAAAAGAGCAAAAAAAAACAACUUGAUGGGCAUUUUACUAUUUUCUGAAGUUUUAGAGACCAAGAGAUUCAUCAAGGAAAAGUAUCGAUAAUGAAAAUAAUAGCCCCAGUAAAGUUAUUAAUUACUAGUAAUAAUCAAGUGUAUUUAGUCUUAUUUUGUUGUGCUUCUGUGGAUCAACAGCAGGAAACGGGUUGUGCUGCAGGGACGGUGUCAGAAGUUUCAUUUGACGUUCUGAUCAUUUUCUCUCUCCAGCUUUGACAACGUGUCGUGAAAUCUAUGGUAACUGAACAAAUCCAAACAUAUUUGAUUCCAUGUUGGGCUCAUUUGGGAUGUAACUGGAGCCAAUAAAUUGGGAUGUUUUACUCAAUAAUAUUAAUAGUAGAAGUUAUAAAUAGCUGUGAUUGAAGUAUAGAAAUCCAUCUUUCAUCAGAUCUCAUUUUACUUACACUGAGUUAUUUAACUUGUACAUGUGGAAUGAAUGAUGAUUUUUAAGUCACUCAUUUUAAAUCGGUGUUAUUUUAAUGUAAAACUGCAAACAGACUUGAAUUUAGAAAGGGACUCUGUCAGUCUGUCUGAGCACAUCUUCUUCCCUCCAUCAGUCUUACUGUAAAUUAACGGGGGCAAUAAUCUUUCACGUAUCCUUUCGUUGUCGCCUCUUCCCUCCCCUCUUCCUCUGAUUCUACUUCCUGUUGUGCUUUCUUUAUGCAGACUCUAUCACACAUGAUAGCAGCUUUAGCUUUUAGUAUCUCUAUGCAACCUAGAUGGCCUUCAGAACUCACUGCUUUCAUGUGUAAAGGUCCGGAAACACUUUACAUUGAUGCUGUGUUUCCAUCCUGUUUUCAGGCUAAUCUUACUGAACUGUUAGAAAAAUCAACAUUAGUCAGGUUUGAAGCUAAUAAAUCAGCUAACUGAUGCCCAAAAAUGAAAGGAAAACAGACAUUUUUAGAAAACUCUGCAAAUAUUUGUUUCAGAAUCUGUUUAAAGUUUUCGGUGGAUUUCUAAAACUAAUGUGGUUCAUCCAA